ACUGCUUUUAAUUCACUCUCCAGCAAUAGGCAAUGCUUUUGCAGUUCUGAGCAACCCUGAAAAACGAUUACGAUACGAUGAAUUCGGAAGUGAUCAAGAGCAUGUCAGCACUGGCCAGACCAGGCACUAUAAUUACUACACAGAAUUUGAAGCAGACAUUACACCAGAAGAAAUAUUUAAUGUGUUUUUUGGUGGGCACUUUCCUACAGGAAAUAUCCAUAUGUUCUCAAAUGUAGCCAGAGAUGCGCACUAUUAUCCACGGAGGCACCGAAAUGAAAGAGCAUGGACGCAGGAGCAAGAGGAGGAAGAAAACAGGCCACAGAAUUCAUAUUCUGCAUUUAUUCAGUUGAUGCCAGUUUUCAUAAUAAUAAUAGUGUCAGUUAUAACUCAACUGAUGGCCACAAACCCACCCUACAGCCUAUUCUACAAAUCGUCCAUAGGCCACGUUAUUAGCAGAGAAACAGAGAACUUGCAGGUGCCUUACUAUGUCGAUAAAAACUUUGAAAAGAAUUAUCAAGGAGCAGAACUUCAAGAGCUAGAGAAAACGGUUGAAAAAGAUUACAUAGACUAUAUUCAGACCAGCUGCUGGAAGGAGAAACAGCAAAAGUCUGAUUUGUCAAAUUUGGCCAAGCUAUACAGAGAUGAGCGGUUAAAACAGAAAGCAGAAUCACUGAAACUUGAGCACUGUGAGAAGCUCUCCAGUCUGAUUGGAAUGCACAAAGGGGGCUGACCAGGACACACACGUUCUGUAGUUUUAUUUAUUGCUGUUUUAACUUAUGUUUUUAUUUUCCUUUGUAUAAAAAGGGAAGUAGUUUAUUGUAAAGAGUCUGAACGUUUGAUUCCUUCUGCAUAGAGUGCAGAGAUGGGCCGACACAAGCUGUAGAGCUGGUGUUUGCUGUAAUAUACUGUACACUGUAUUUGGUUCCAAGGACCAGUGGCACUUUGUAAAUUAAUUCCCUGGGAGACGCUAUUAGUUUGGAACUUGUCUUCAUUGGUAGUUUGUCUGCCGUCCAAACACUAUAUUCUUCCCAGGAGAGCAGACAGAUGUCUUAGCUUUCUGUAUUU